AUGGGUAUCUUUCCGAGAUUUGGUGUCUGGAUCAAUCAGAACGCUCAACAACCUCUUAAGGGUGAGUCCAAGAAAUCUGAGAAUGUUAAAUCUAAGUCGUCAGUGUCAGAGAUAGAUACUAACGAGGAUAGAGAUGAGAUGAAAGAACAAUUAACACUUUGGAGAGUUUCAAAUAAGAAGAAACAAUGGUAUGAUCCUCCUCCUAAGGUAAAAUAUGGGAAAGAGAAAAACGCAAUGAAGUUCAUGGAAAUGUUCGAGGGUAGCUAUGAAGUGGAACCAAUGUACGUAGAUUCAGAGCGCUUCUGCAAGAACAUGAAGCCGAAGAAUCGAGAAGAAUACAGAAAAUGUAGUGGCGGACAAGGAAGGAUUGCAUCGAAGGUGAAACUGGACCAAGUCUUUAAGCCUUCUUCUCUUUUUAAUCUGCCACCAAUUUCUUGGUACAUUCGAUGGUUCACUGUCAAGACCACCAAGACUCUCAUCGAUGAUCUUCAAGUUCGGGGUGCUAUGAUCCGAGGUGUCUGA